CAACAAUGACAAGGCUGCACUGCACACUGAUAUGAAGUGACAGUGGUGAAGUGAUGGGACAUCUUGGUAAUGACACAGCAGUGUCACACAAGAGACUAUUGCUACUCUGUGGGAGACACUGCCAUUCCCAGUCUUAAUACUGAGGAACAACAACAUCAAUGGUGGCGGCUCAAGCUGCUCCACACACCUGCUGGGCUGACUUCAUUGGAGCUUAACACCUGCUGCUGCUGCUGGAACUCCUGCCAUGCAAGCAACAACUGGAAAAUGUCCAAAAAAGGGCCUGCAGAAUCGUCCUUGGCCCUGCCUACACCGACUAUGAUCACGCCCUAUCUACCCUCAAUCUCCCCACACUGGCAACAAGACACCAAACGGCCCUCGUCAAGAUGGGUAGAGGCCUGCUGCGCCACUCACAGCUACGACAUCUCCUCCCCCCUGACGCGCCCCAGCCAAUCCAUGCCACACCACACACAAACGUGGUCAUGCCACUCAAGGCCCCAAGAACUGACCAUUAUCAUCAUAGUGCUAUCCCCUCCAUGGUGCUAGCCAUAAACAGCUAAGUUAAGAUUCAAAUCUUGAAUCUCCCUCAAUCCCCAUAUGUACAUCUUCAUGUAAUGUUAUCUUCCCCAUGGUGCGAAGCAUAAACAACCAUAAACAGCUCAGUUAAGGUUCUAAUCUUAAGUCUCCCUCAAUCCCCAUAUGUACAUUUUCAGUAUGUAUGUACUGCAAUUACUAAUAAACCAUAUUAUUAUUAUUA